AUCACUUCUUUCCUUCACCCAUCAUUGUACAACAUUGUCUACGGUCAUUUCGGUACUUCGUCAGAGCUGCAUGAACGUAGCUUGAAUUCCAACGGUUGGGAUAUUAUAUUAUACGUUUUAUUUUAUUCAAAGAAAUCCUGUAAAUAACAAUCAGCCAAAAUGUUUUGGGGCUUGAUAAUGGAACCAAAUAAACGGUAUUCGCAAACCGUAGAAAAUGCGUUCCACGUGUCGAUGGCAAGUUUAGAUCUCUCAACUGCCGAUGAUGAAGUAGUACAAGUAAUAUUGUGUUACGGAGAUCGAAACUAUCUGCUAUGCAGUUUAAAAAAGGGCUCUAUAUGGCAAGUACCGCUCGAUUUAAAUUUUCAAGAAGGGACUAAGAUAUCAUUCACAUGCAAUGGUCAAGGUCAUGUUCAUCUGACUGGGUACUUAAUUAUGGAUGAAGAUACAAGUGAAUUUAACAAAUACAUAGAUCAAUUUGAUGAAUUGGAAAAUGAGCAGGUUGAAGAAGAAGAAAAAGUAAACAAGAAACUUUCGAAAAGAAAAGCUAUAGAAUCACCAAAACAAGGUAAAGAAUUGAAACGUCUCAAACAGCAAGAGAUUGUAGAGUCUGAUGACGACGACGACGAUGAUCUUGAAGAGGAUGGAAUCGACGAAGAUGAUACUGAAGAUUCCGAGGACGAAGAUGAUGAAGAUAAUGUAGAUGAUACUGACGAAGAUGAGGAAGAUGAAGAAGAUGAAGAUGACGAAGAUGAAGAAGAUGAGGAAGACGAAGAAGAGGAGGACAAUGAGAAGCAGAAACAAAAAAAACCAAUGAAACCUAUACCUCAGCAGCAUGAAAAGAAGAGGAAACAGGUCCAAGAGCAGCUACAACAACAGCCACAACAACAAUCACAGCAGUCAAAGAAGAAGCACGAUAAGCAAAAACUAACAAACGGAAAAGAAGUUAAGCAAGAUCAACAAGGUAAACAAGAAAAAAAGAAUAAAGCAGAACAGAAACUACUACAUCAACAAAAUGCUCAAAACGAGGUGAAGAAGCGAGUCUUAGCAGGUGGUGUGCUAGUAGAGGAAAGGAAAGUUGGCAACGGUGCAGUGGCGCAACCAGGAAAAUUCGUUGCUGUUUACAGUUUUGGCCGCUUGAAGAAUGGGAAGAAGAUCGAUUCAACAUUAGAAGGAGAAGGUUUUAAAUUUCGUCUUGGUAAAGGAGAAGUGAUUAAGGGUUGGGAUAUAGGAAUCUCCGGAAUGAAAGUUGGUGGAAAGCGUCGUAUUACGAUACCACCUAACAUGGCAUAUGGAGCACAAGGUUCUCCUCCUAUCAUUCCUGGUAAUAGCACGCUCAUAUUCGACAUCGAACUUAGGAAGGUUUAUUAAAUUUGUAUAACGUUUAAGUACUUGUUAAGAAAUUAGUUUAACUAUACCUGUGUAAGUUCAUACAUUAUCUUACAAAUGUCCAUAAUUUUAUUACUGUACUUCAUUUUAGACUAGUUCUAUCUUACACUCAAUAAGCAUUUGUUAUCAGAAACACAAAUAAAAGAGAAAACAAGGUAACAAGAGAUCUCUAUCCAUAAUACUUCCAUAUAUUGUUAUUUUUUGUAUUCUGAUAAUAUAAAUAUCUAUAAAAUGAAUAAAAUGUCAAGCUGAAUAGUAGUAGAUCAAAUAUGUUACCAAGAUUUUUACAGAAUUAUGUAUACUGAAGAUUUCCGCAAAAUUUACAACAUUUGUUUAUUGUAUUGAGUAUUUUCUGAUAAAAUUUAUAAAUAAAUGACACUGUGUGAUAAGAA